AACGAAGAAGGCGCGGGUGAUUCACUUCGGUCAUCUCCUUCUCCAUUUGACGGCGCCGCUUCAUUCGCGAGGGACGAUCGGUCUGGGUGAUUAACGUUUCCUUCAAGUCUCCAAGUUCUAGUUUGGAGCCAACCUAACACUGCCACCUCGCGCCUGAGCUAAUUAAUAUUGCAAGGAAGAAUGGCAGCCUGAUGAUCAAAAGAUGCGGUGCGUGGGUACGCAUCUACAACCUCUCUGCACUUCUAUCUUCGCUUCUAACGUCUAGCGCAAAGUUAUGCUCGAACAGCGUCCACUACAGAGACCCAGAACCAACAACUAGGCUGCCCGAGCUAGCAUCAUCCACCCACGUCAGCGAGAUCGCCCGGCCAUGUGAGGUCCGGGGAACGAGGAGACUCGAGAAGGAAAAGGCACUAAGACCUGAGGCGGAGCGAGCUGGCGGGGUGACAUCAACGCCCGACUGGCGAGUUGACCUUGGCCCUAGUGCUUCAACCGGCAUAGUAUCCUGCACGGUUCCAAUGCCAUCAGCAAGCAUCAGCAAGUCAGCGUGCCUCCGAUUGAACAUUGUUUCUCGUCAAUGUCAGAGCCGACAGGGCAUUGCACCCUCUACUGGCCAGAAACAGUUGACAAUGCGUCCCUAGAAGCUCUCACAUCUGCUGUGUUCCCAUCCUUAUGGGGC